UCAGAUGAAUAGCAGAAGGGGAAAAAGGGAAUGAAUGCGUCGGAAGUGUGAUACUUGGUUAGGAUGGAGGUGAGUAGUGGCAUGACCGCGCAAACUCACACUCCUAUUGAUCCUAUAAAUGUGAAGCCCAAUUAGACAUAUUAACUACUGAAAUACAAAGACUCAGAAUGAAGCUUGUGAGCAGCAUUCAUAUGGCUGUGCCCGCAGUAUUGGUGUUAAUGUUGGCAAUGACAAGUAUGGCACAGCAAGGUCAGAGCCAUGGCUGUAUGAGUACCUUCUUCUCUGCGCUUGUUCAGCUAAUACCGUGCAGAGCCGCAGUGGCUCCUUUUAGCCCCAUCCCACCAACUGAGAGCUGCUGCAAUGCCCUCAAAGCCCUUGGCCAGCCUUGCUUGUGUGUCCUUGUCAAUGGCCCUCCCAUAUCCGGUGUUGAUCGCAACAUGGCUAUGCAGCUCCCUGACAAGUGCACCGCCAACUUCGAACCAUGUGAAAUCAUGAAGUAGAAGGAGAAGAGUGGCACUUGAAAUUAGUUUUCUAGAAUAAGUUGUGUUCAUAUGUAAUUUUUAUCUUUCAAGGAGACCCUUAAGGUGAUGCUGCUCAAAAUAAGAGGACAAAAUAUGUAAGAUGCAUAAAAAUCUUGUGGGCUUUUAAUUAAACUUUAAUCUGUAGUCCGUACUGGGUUUCAAUAUUUUCACUUUAUGCUGUAACAGAUCUCAUGGCUAAUAAUAAUACAAUAUAUUUUAUUUGCCUUUA